AUGUGGGGUGAAAUUCCGAGCGUGAGUGGAAGGGUCGCGAAGCACGAGACGGCCAAAUGGCAGAGUAACAAAAGUGUUGGCCAGAACAGAGCGAGGCUCGCUUGGCUCGCAGCCCCGGGUGAGCCAAGGACUCGGCGGACGCUCGCUCAGUUGCUCUGGGAACAACUCAAGGACUACCUGAACAACUCGAGCCUCGCAGGGUACAAGUACAUGGUCGAGGCUCGAAGGACUCCUUACGAAAGGAUAAUGUGGGUCGUCCUGCACGUGGUGAUGAUGAUUACUUUGUGCCUCAUCGUGUGGGACGUUUUGCAAGAUUACAGGCACACGCCGGUGGUAACCAUAGUCGACUCUUACCACUAUCCCUCCAGCUUCCUGGACUGGCCUGCGGUAUCUCUGUGCAGCAUCAACCGAAUCAGCAAGAAGGCCACGGAGAGACUCGCCGAACGAAUAAAAUCGUCAAACGCGACGGACCUGCCGCUCGACAGGAUAGUGAGUCUCCUGUACAACCUCGGCUAUCUCUACGAGACGUCCUUCGGGGAGUACAAUAAAAGCCAAGACGAGGAACUCGACGCUCUGCUGAAGAAAUACCUGAACGACAACUACGACCUCACUCAAUUAAUGAAAGAGCUGACGCCACAGUGCAACGACAUACUGAUCAAGUGCCGGUUCCGGUUCGAGGCGAGGAGGUGCUCCGAGCUGUUCACCUUUCGCAAGACCCAGGACGGCUUCUGCUGCACCUUCAACUAUGCCCGGCCGAUCGACGACGUUCACGGGCCGGUGAUCGAGAACCACGUGAACGGGACGUACAAGAUCAAGCGGCUGGGCCAGAUGAACGGCCUGACCUUUUUGCUGGAUCCCUUCCUGGACGACUACUUCUUCUCGAUCUUGCCGAUCAGCGGCUGGAAGAUAACCAUCUUCAAUUCCGGGGACUAUCCGGACAAUACCUCCGGAGGGGUGUCGGACGCCCUUAUAUCGCCGGGGACGGAGAAUUUCCUCGAAUUGAACGCGGUGUCGUUCUACAGUGAGAAAUCGGUGCGUAGUUUCGAGGUGAACGAGCGCAAGUGCAUAUUCAACGACGAGAUACCCGCCCUGUACGAUGGGUACACCUACAGCGAUUGCAUAGUCGAUUGCAAGGUCAACGACAUCUGGACGACCUGUGGAUGCCGGCCCUUCUACUUUCCCGAGAGAUUCCAGCAUCGUGUUUGCAAUACUUCGGACAUUGGUUGCUUGAAUAAAUUCAAAACCAAGUGGUGGUCGGUCCUGCCCCACGAUAUCAAACAAGACGGCGAAGAGUCGAAAAUAUUCAACUACAUAAGCAACGAAUCUUGGUCCCUUCGUUGCAAAAGCUGUUACCCGUCCUGCGACGACGUCCACUACUAUCUGCAGACGUCGAGUGUUAAUCUACAAAAGGACGAGCAGAUCUCAUUUUUAAAGGACGUUCAGAUUGUCGAUCAGAGCCUGGUGCACAUUUACUUCGCAAAGUACGGGACUGUACGGCUCAAGCAGGACGUCGCCUACUACUGGUACGAGUUGUUGAGCAACAUCGGGGGAAUUUGCGGCGUCUUCAUUGGCUUCAGCCUCAUUAGCGCAGUGGAAAUUCUUUACUUUGCCCUUCUGACCGUAUCGACGCUGUGGAGGCGUGGUAGCAAUAACAAGCCGGCAUCUUUUGCCGGGGAAAGUGUGCCAGCCAAGCCAGUGCGUACUCUCUAUUGGGCCGAGCUGGCGCCCCGCAGUAAAGUCAACUUGGACAAGAGCUCGAGGAGACGCAAUGUUUUACGAUGA